UAACCCGCAGACAGGACGUGACGCAAGGCGGGGCUGAGCUGCGCAGGCCGGAAACCCAGCAGGCGGCAAAGAUGGCGGAGAACAGCGGUCGCGCCGGCAAGAGCAGCGGGAGCGGUGCGGGGAAAGGGGCGGUGUCGGCAGAGCAGGUAAUUGCUGGCUUCAAUCGUCUCAGGCAGGAACAGCGGGGCCUGGCAUCCAAAGCAGCUGAGCUAGAGAUGGAGUUGAAUGAGCACAGCCUAGUGAUCGAUACACUGAAGGAGGUAGAUGAAACCCGGAAGUGCUACCGCAUGGUCGGAGGAGUGCUGGUGGAACGGACUGUCAAAGAGGUGCUGCCUGCUUUGGAGAACAACAAGGAGCAGAUACAGAAGAUCAUUGAGACAUUGACACAGCAGCUUCAGGCAAAGGGAAAAGAACUAAAUGAAUUCCGGGAAAAGCACAACAUUCGUCUCAUGGGGGAAGAUGAGAAGCCAGCAGCCAAGGAAAACUCAGAAGGGGCUGGGGCUAAGGCCAGCUCAGCUGGAGUUUUGGUCUCCUAGAGACCAAGGCCUUUGCAUUUUUUCUACCCUGACUCCCACUUCUUCUAAUUUCUCUUUAUUGUUAUUAUUAUUUUCUCUGCUAUUGUAAUAUUUUUUUGUUAAUUAAAUGUUUUGGUCAGAAU